UCCUGAGCCUUUGAGAGAGGCUCUGCAGAGAGGGAGCCAUAAGAGGACACUUUCAAUGGAAGGUCUUUUGGAUGUUCCAAGUCCGUCUAUACCACAUCCAAAACUAACAACAGCUCAGAAACAACAUAUAAAAGAACGUUCUUUAUCACCUACCGAUCGUCAUUCUCAUAUGCCUAUUCGUCCGUUUUUGACUAAAGGAUCCGUGGCAGAACGAGUGCUGCUUUUUGAGUGUUGUCCCGAUAGAGCUCUUGAAAGAACUUCAAAAUCGCCCGUCAAGCAAUUACUUAAAACUGUUAUUUCACCUCAAAAGCCAAACUGUGAGCAUAAAACAUUAAAUAGAAUUAUACGCUGGCAUAACAACUUCCAAAUACCAAAAUUCUAUUUCCCAGAUGGAAAGCCUCGAACGCCUCAGGAAAUUGACACCCAUUUGAAAAAGGUUGCAGCAGUGUUCUCCGGGUUGAAUGAAGGAAAAGCUUCUAGGGAGGAAUUCGGAAUCAUUACCAAGGCGUGUGGAUUACCUCUGUAUUGGAAGCUGCCAUUGUUCCUAGCAGCACGAGGCGAGAAGAAAUCCGCGAUCAGCUGCGAAGCGUUUCUCGAAUUCUGGAGAAGAGUUGUCAACACUUGUCAUGACGAGUCAUCAAAGUUUAUACAUGUCAUGACUCGAGGCAAGAGAAAUUAUCUUAUAAGUGACGACUUUUUCCCCAUGAUGCAAGAUGUGAUAGAUUCUCAUCCAGGGCUUACUUUCCUUAAAGAAGCAACAGAAUUCCACUCCAGAUAUAUUCACACGGUCAUUGCUAGAAUAUUUUACUGUGUCAACAGGUCGUGGAGUGGACGAAUUACUGCUGCAGAGCUUAGAAGGAGCAACUUCCUGCAAGUUUUAGCAACUCUUGAAGAGGAAGAAGACAUAAAUCAAAUCACAGAUUACUUCUCGUAUGAGCAUUUCUAUGUGAUAUACUGCAAGUUUUGGGAACUGGAUAAAGAUCACGACCUUUAUAUUGACCAGAAUGACUUGAAACUGCACAGCGGAGGAGCUUUGUCGACGAGAAUCAUCCAAAGAAUAUUUUCUGGAGCUGUUACACGAGGUACAAAACAAAAAGAAGGCAAAAUGAGCUAUGCUGAGUUUGUAUGGUUCCUUAUCUCCGAAGAAGACAAAAGGCAUCCAAGAAGCAUUGAAUAUUGGUUUCGCUGCAUGGAUUUGGAUGGUGAUGGUUUUCUUUCUAUGUAUGAAUUAGAAUAUUUUUAUCAAGAACAACUGCAAAGACUAGAUGCGCUGGGCAUUGAAACAUUACCUUUCAACGAUUGCCUUUGUCAGAUGCUGGACAUCAUUAAGCCAAAGGUUCCCGGUAAAGUAGCUUUAGCCGACCUCAAGAAGUGCAAAAUGACGCCAAUAUUCUUCGAUACUUUCUUCAAUCUUGAAAAAUACCUUGAUCACGAGCAAAGGGAUCCAUUCGCUUCACAAAGAGAACAUGAUGGGGAUGGACCGGAAAUGAGUGAUUGGGAUCGCUUCGCGGCGGAAGAAUACGAACUUCUCGUUGCCGAAGAAGGGGCAACAGAACAGCAGGAUGAAUUAAUGUUUGAGGAAUACGACGACGAAUUGUCCACGAAUUUGGACAAAUUGUCGUCAAGCAAAGCUUCUAGAUCAGUCGAAAACGAAGAUGAUGAAUAUGAUUACGCUGACUCGGAUGACUAUCACUACUGAAGCAAUUUGUUUCGUCAAUGAGUUCAAGAUUCAUUUGAUAAGAAAAAAGCGUUUCUUACAAAAUACCUUUUAAAAUGUUUUGCUGAAAGAAUGUAGUGUGCGAUUCUGUGUAUGUUUAAGAAGGGGUUUUUGUGGGUGCGUUCCACAGAUGCGCGAAGUCUGAAUGUGAGAACAUUUGAUUAGUUCUCACAUUAAGUUAUAAUGAGUCAGAUUGAACUCAGAGUGAAUUCUGUUAUGAUGAUGAUGUUAAUCCCGCCUUCUUUAAAUCAAAUUUACGAAUGAUGUUAUAUUUGAAUGUACAGGAGAAGAAUGAUAAGUAGCUCUUGAGCAUAUGAAGUAUUUUUUCUUGCUAUGAAGUAUUUUUGUAGGCUAGUGUUUAGUUGAAGUCGUCUGAAAAGUAGUGUUGCCAGCAACUAUUAUUGUUUCAAAAAUAUUUAUGUAACAAUUGAAGUAAUCUAAGAGAUACAUCUACAUUGUAAGUGUAUGUGCCUUUUCUCAAAAAAGU